AUGGAAUUGGAAACACGGCAUCCUGCGAUACAGGAGGAUACGACCAGGUCAAAUCUCCUAGCUGAUAGUUCCUCAUACCCGUCCGACGACCAACAUAAUGAGCUGCAACUGCCUCCGGUGGAUGGUGGUAAAGAUGCAUGGCUGUUCUUGGCUGCGAGCUUCGUCAUUGAAGCUCUUGUUUGGGGCUUCUCCUUCUCCUACGGAAUUUUUCAGGACUACUACAGCACCCACGAGCCUUUCAAAAGUUCAGGAAAUAUUGCCAUGAUUGGUACAUGCAUGAUGGGCGUAAACUAUAUGAUAUCCCCUUUGACAUUCGUCCUAUUACAGGGAUUUCCCACUCUGAAGCGGUGGUCAUCUCCUUUCGGCUUUGUUGUUAUGUGCCUAGCCCUCGCAUUGAGCUCUUUUGCAUCUAACACCACCCAUCUUAUCCUGACCCAGGGUAUCGCCUACGGGAUUGGAGGAAACUUUGCUUAUUCACCUUUAAUCAUCUUCAUGAACGAAUGGUUUGUGCACAAAAGAGGUCUUGCUUUUGGAACCAUGUGGGCUGGCACCGGAUUAUCAGGAGUGGUGCUGCCUCUGGUACUCCAAUGGCUCUUGAACGCUUAUGGUCAUAAGACCACCCUUCGCAUCUGGGCUGUGGUUUUGUUUUUGAUGGCUGCCCCGCUUCUCUACUAUGUAAAGCCCAGGUUGCCCAUUUCCCGUGCAUCCAAUGUCCGAGCAUUCGACAUGAGCUUCCUUUGGAAGCAUACUUUCCUCAUCUUCCAGAUGGGUAAUAUCGUCGAAGCCCUGGGAUACUUCCUGCCGACGAUUUACCUGCCGACUAUCGCACGCACCCUGGGCGCCAACAGUGUUCUAGCGUCUUUGACUGUCAUUUUGUGCAAUCUUGCAUCAGUCUUUGGAUGUAUCGCCAUGGGCCAUCUCGUGGAUCGAUACCAUGCGACGACCUGCAUAUUAGUAUCUACAAUAGGCAGUACUAUUGCCGUAUUCUUACUCUGGGGGUUUUCCGUGUCGUUGGCGCCCCUUUACGCGUUUUGUGUUGUUUACGGCCUUUUCGCCGGAUCAUUCACCUCUACCUGGCCGGCAAUCAUGAACGAGGUGGUGAAGAAAAGUCAACUAGCGGAUCCCUCAAUUGUCUUCGGUUUCUUAGCAACUGGCAGAGGGAUUGGCAACGUUGUCAGUGGGCCUUUGAGUGACGCAUUGAUCAAAGGGUCAUGGGGCUUUAACUCUUCUGCGUUUGCAUAUGGAACCACGUACGGCACUCUUAUCAUCUUUACGGGAAUAACUGCCCUAUUUGGUGGAAUGAGCAUAAUAGGAAGGCCUCUGAAACUGACAUAG